UCAGCUUAUUAUUAUCUGGUGACUCUUGUCCAAUGCUGAAACUCACUCAUUCUCCUUUUUUCUUCUUCAACACAACACAAUGCUACUUUUUCUCUCUACAAUGGCGAUUCCAACAAUUUCCCGCGUAAAUUUCUUUCCCAAAACUUCACUCUUCACAUCUCUCCGCCGAAUUCAUCUUCCCCAUAAACACUCUACCCGCAGCUUCUCCUCCGUUCACAGCCGUACUCCAAAACGCGAUGGAGAUAUUGUCGUUUUGGGCAUCGAAACUAGCUGCGACGACACUGCUGCCGCAAUCGUGAGAAGUGACGGUGAAAUUUUGAGCCAAGUGAUAUCUUCUCAGGCAGACCUGCUUGUGAAGUAUGGAGGCGUUGCUCCAAAAAUGGCAGAAGAAGCUCACUCGCAAGUGAUAGAUCAGGUUGUGCAAGAUGCCCUUGAUAAAGCUUAUAUGACUGAGAAGGAUCUUACUGCAGUUGCUGUUACUAUUGGUCCGGGUUUAAGUCUCUGCCUUCGUGUGGGGGUGCAGAAGGCUCGGAGAAUUGCAGGGGGUUUUAAUUUACCAAUUAUUGGUGUCCAUCACAUGGAGGCUCAUGCUCUAGUGGCUAGGUUGAUUGAGAAAGAUUUGCAGUUCCCAUUCAUGGCCCUACUUAUUUCAGGGGGACACAAUCUACUCAUUCUUGCACGUGAUCUUGGGCAAUACAUACAACUUGGAACUACAAUAGAUGAUGCUAUUGGUGAGGCUUAUGACAAGUCAGCAAAAUGGCUUGGACUUGAUAUUAGGAGAAGUGGUGGUCCUGCUAUAGAGGAGCUUGCUAGGGAGGGCAAUGAUAAAUCAGUCAGUUUUUCAGUUCCAAUGAGGCAGCAUAAAGAUUGCAACUUCUCUUAUGCUGGUCUAAAAACCCAAGUAAGACUGGCAAUUGAGUCCAAAAAGAUUGAUGCAACAAUUCCUAUUUCUUCAGCAAGUUAUGAAGAUCGAUUGUCACGAGCUGAUAUUGCCGCUUCUUUUCAGCGAGUUGCAGUAUUACAUCUUGAAGAAAGGUGUGAACGAGCAAUACAGUGGGCAUUGAAGAUGGAGCCUUCUAUAAGACAUCUGGUUGUCUCUGGUGGUGUUGCGUCAAAUCAAUAUGUUCGGGCCCGGCUUGAUACAGUUGUGAAGAAGAAUGGCCUUCAACUUGUAUGCCCUCCUCCCCGGCUUUGUACCGACAAUGGUGUAAUGGUUGCUUGGACUGGUAUUGAACACUUUCGCGUGGGAAGAUAUGAUCCUCCACCUCCUGCAGAAGAACCAGAAGACUUUCUGUAUGAUGUACGCCCAAGGUGGCCACUGGGGGAAGAAUAUGCUGAAGGAAGUAAUUUCAGUCGCUCCUUAAGAACGGCACGUAUUCAUCCUUCUCUUACAUCUCUAAUUCAAGCAUCAAUGCAACAGUGACAUUGCAUGAGCUUUCGUGUUGCUUCAGCCUCUUUGAGCCUCUAUCUUGGAAACCCAAUAUUAUCAAACAGUAUCACCAGAAAACCUAGCUAAACCCGAUAUAAUCAAGCAAUAUCACCAGAAAACCUAAUUAAACAAUGUCACUUCACAAUAGUGGUUGGAAAAGAUGAAAAUUAAUUACUGCUAUACCCAAAAUUGUAUAACUUAAGUGAAAAAAGAGGGAAAAUAUCUGCAUUUGUGCCUUAUUCUAUAGGAAAUUUGUAAUAAAAGGACCUGUAUUUAUUUAUUUAUGUUUUGGUCUAUACCUUUGUUAUUGAUCAGCAAAAAACAAAAC